UUACAUCCUCCUUAUGGUCUAUCGUUGUUCCUUCGCUUGAAGCUUGGGAGAGAGAGACACUCACUGAUUUAUUGAGAGAGAGAGAGAAAGAGAGAGAGCGAAAGAGACAGAGGGAGCGAGAGAGACAGAGAGAGGGACAGGACAAGACCGACUUCUCACUUGGUAACGUCGUCUUGUGCAAUCAGAGGGUUCUGCGCGGCCGUCUCCAGGUUUGUCAGCGAGUGUUGUAGUGGAGCGACCAGGUUCCAAAAUCCACGAAGAAAUGCCUUUGGCGGAGUGCUUUAAAUUUAUUGCAGGAGACAUCGUUCGUCAUAAAAUAAAACCCUCCUAGCUGCAGGCGCAACUAGUUCAAAGUUUGUUUUCGAUUUAAGAGGAUUUCUGGUUCUCAUUUGCCUUGUCUUGGUUAUUCAGCCAAUUUCUAUUCUUUCUAUGUGUCCGCGUUAUUCCCAAGCAGGUGGUUAAGCAGUAGGCCUAGAGAUGCCGGCAUGGCUGUUUCUCACCGUAGCUGGUGGAAUCUUGACGGGGCUCUUGCUGGCAACGAUAAUUGGCUUCCACCUGGUAGAAAGCAAUGCAGGACCGUUUCGCGUCCAGAACAAGCGACAGCACGAGUCUUUUACUGGAGCAUUUGAGUCUAGACAGCUUUUCUGCCCGUGUGGGAAUGUUCGAAACCGAAAAGGACCAUCUACUAGAAGUACUGAGAAACCAGAAGUAGUGAAAUCGGAAGGAGUUUUACAAGCGCUCGCGGAUGCUGCCUAUCAAAAACUGACCUUAGGGGCACUGCUUUUGCGAUGCUUUGGAAGCCAGACUUUCCAAAGACCUGACUUUGUGAAAUGUCUUCAAGGAAGCUGGCUCAAUGCAGGGAAACUUUUUAAAAGAAUAAGAAAGGUCGACACUCCAAUUUUGAAGGCAGGCGAAUGCCAACAUCCUGCUGUAUCAACUGGAUGUCCAGUAAGCAUUUCAGCUGGGCCCUCUGUUUCAGCUUCCGUGAAUGCUUCCGGCGCUGGCUCCACAACCACCAUCACAACGACCAUAACCACAACUACUCCUUCAAGUUCUUCAGCUCCCACGUCAUGUGGCGCUUCGAGCACUGGCGGCGAGAACGGGACCUCGGAACAGCCCCCACAAAGAAGGCUUGUGUUGGAGAUUCUUAUGUCCACUUCAGAAGGCGGAGCACUCCCACGUGCCACAGGAGUAAGAUUGAAAUUGGAAUCAAAUGCAAGUUCGGACAGCCUCGCCAAUGUAGCAGCGGUUUCUACAUUAGGUGCUGAGGGCCCAAACUUACUGGAGCGAGAUGACAACCUAACAGUAGAUCUUACAAGCACGACAUGUGGAUCGAUCCCUAGUACAGAGACGGGUUCAUGCAUCUCCAACGGUCUUCCACGAUCUGCUUCUAGUGGGCUUAAAACUGUGUGUCACGUUUCAAAACAAGGAGGAGCCACAGGAAAUGGAAGUGCUGCCAGUAAUAAUAUGAAUACAAGCGGUUCACUGGCUUCGUCGUCGUCUUUCUCUGCAAAUGCCACAAAGUCUAAGUCAAACAGUAACUUAACCUCUUCCUCCAAAUCGAAGUCAAAAGGAGGAUCUGCAUCUCUUCAGUGUUCAAGCCUUUCAAGUGGUUUGCCAACUGCAACGGCUUGUUCUGUGAAUUCUGGAGGACAAUCUUUAGGAACAUGUAGAGCACCUGAGAGUCACCAGGGCCCGAAUAACCUGUCUCCUGAUGGCUUGGGUGCAUUGAGGAUUAGUUUACUGGAAGCGGGUGCCAAAGGAAAGUCGGUGAAGGAGUGCACAAAGGGUGUAACUGCAGACAUUGCAUCAGCUCUGGCAGCACUUAAUGUCGAUUCAAUUGUUGGGAAAGGAGUAGGCAUGGGAACUGGAAUUGCUUUGGGAGGAAUGAUGACAGAAACAGGGAAAACUGAAAGUUCUGCAGGCUUUUGCAGUAAUCACUCUUCGGAUAUUUUGCUAGAUGAGGAAGGUAUGAGAGAAGGUGGUGGAUCUGGAAAAGAUGGGAAAAAGGAGAAGAAGAAAAAGAAGCAUCGUAGCAAAAAACACAAGGGAAAGCGAGCUGCGGUAUCAGGAACAGGAGAUGUGUCAACUGAUGUGAAGGAGUCAGAGAAGCUGGUCACAGAGCACAGUGGAACACAUACCGUGGCAGCAUCAUCUGAGGUAGAAUUAGGAUGUCUCUGUGGCACUGUUAAAGGCGGUUGCCAUAGCAGUAACUGCCCGUAUCCAUUCACUUAUUCUGGUAGCAUGGUGCAAAGAAAGAUCAAGGAACAAUACGAUGAACUGGUUCGGUCAAAUGCAGCCAAGACUCUCACCCUUGCACAGGUUGGACGUUUUACUACAUGCUUAGUUGAAACUAAAUCAGCUCUACAACAAAAGUCGGACACCAUUCAGCGGAGGUUUACAAUCGCAAAAUCGUUACUUUCUAAAGCAGACAAGUCCUCAUUUGAUCGGCUAUGUGGGCAGAUUUAUGGGUUAGAAAAUGAGCAAAAGAAACUGGAAGAAGAUACUGUUGUGUACAAUCGACUACAGGAGCAACUUAAGCUUUCCCCAGCAUAUUUGAAGAUGCUGGAAUAUGGUCGUGCACAUUUUGAAUUGCAGCCAAAUACAGGACAGUUGAUUGAGAAAUUUAAUGCUGACGACGAAGAGCUCUCAUUUGAAGAGCUGCUAGCCCAAGAGAAGAAAGACUCUUUUUGGCAAAAGCAUAGUCCUGCAAGAUCUUCUGUUCAGGUCAGCUAAGCUUGUUUAAAGGCACAUCUUCUUGUGCAGAUGAGCUUUUUAGUCUUAAUGCGAUUUGGUUGCAACUAGUUAUUUUUCUUUCCUUAUGAUUUCAUUGAAGCUUAAUUAGUGGGGGGCAGAUAGUCCAGUCUGGUCUAGUGAUGUUUCUCAAGCUUUUACCCUCUCCACAAGAUUGGAGAGCGCUCUUUGUGAACACAAUUUAGUUCACGACAGUUUUUGAACUUGAGGUAAUCACGUAGUUUAUUAACUGGAUGCUCAGCCAUUUCAGUGAUCUCUGUACAUUUUGAUACAAGUUCUAUUGAAUGGCCAUGGUCUGCUCAUCUGAUCUGGUCUAGUUAUGCUUGCAUGUUGUUUUCAA